AUGACGGCGCAGGUAGACUACCUGGUGGUGCUGUGCGCCGCCACAUCUGGCGCCAGCGGGGAGCUGCUGGGCUCCGACGAGAAGGAGCUAGCGAGGCUCGUCUGGCAGCAGGUGGAUAUCAACAGCAAAAAGUUGGGCAAGGUAAACGAGCUUGUGAUCAAGCCUGAAGAGUGCGACCUGACGGAUGAUAAAAAAGAGGACGACGUAGUGGAGGAGCUUGUGGAAGAAGAAAAUGCAUCCGGAGCAGAUUGUGUCUUUACAGCAAAAAGCCUGGAGGCUGCAUUAAAUAUGUUCCAUCUCCAGCUGACGAACGAAGUGAACAGCGCAGGUGCGGGCACGUCUGUGUGUUUAUGUACCGACGGGCAGCUCCCCAUCCGUCAAGUGAUUCACCCUGAGGCUGCCAGCAAGAACAUCCUGGUCCCUGACUGUUUCUACUCCUUCUUUGACCUGCGUAAAGAGUUCAGAACGCACUUCGACUCUGACCUCAGUACUUUAGAUCUACACACCAUGGUGGAGUCUUUAAGCAUACCUGUAGAACAGCCUGCUAUGUGCGACUCCAUGGGUUUACCGGAUCCAUCAGCCAUGCUGCCCCCAGAAGUAGCAGUGCAGCAGGUCCAGAUGAUGGCCAAAAUAGUACUCAGUCUGCUUUCUGAGCCAUUAUGUCACACAUUCUCAAACCCGGAAAGAGUUAAUGAGAAAUUUGAGUCGGGUACUUGCAGUAAAAUGGAGAAAGUGUGUGACAGCACAGUGAUCAGAGCCAGAGGAUUGCCGUGGCAGUCCUCAGAUCAGGACAUCGCCAAGUUUUUCAGUGGACUAAAUAUUGCCAAAGGAGGGGCUGCCCUAUGCCUUAAUGCUCAGGGGAGGAGGAAUGGUGAGGCCCUUGUUCGUUUUGUCAGUGAAGAACAUCGAGACUUGGCUCUGCAAAGACAUAAACAUCAUAUGGGCAACAGAUACAUCGAGGUUUACAAGGCAACUGGGGAAGAUUUUCUGAAAAUAGCAGGAGGUACAUCCAAUGAAGUAGCCACAUUCCUAUCCCGUGAGGACCAGAUCAUUGUUAGAAUGCGGGGUCUUCCUUUCACGGCCACGCACGAGCAAGUCCUUGCCUUUUUCUCACCGGAGGACGGACUCAAAGAUACGUGUCCGGUCAGCGGGGGAAAGGAUGGCAUCUUGUUUGUCCGCUACCCUGACGGUCGACCCACCGGCGACGCCUUUGUUUUAUUCGCCUGCGAUGAACAUGCCCAGUGUGCACUCAGGAAACACAAGGAGAUCCUCGGAAGGAGGUAUAUCGAGUUAUUCAAGAGCACGGCAGCAGAAGUCCAGCAGGUGUUAAACCGGUACUCGUCUGCCCCCCUGAUCUCUGUGGCCCCCGCCCCUUUGCUAUCAGUUUUGCCCACAGUGUCUCUCCUUCCCCCUCCCAUCAUCGUGAGAGACUGCUUAAGACUGCGAGGCUUGCCCUACUCUGCGAGCAUUGAGGACAUCCUCACCUUCCUGGGUGACUUCACCCACGACGUCCGACCGCAUGGCGUGCAUAUGGUCCUCAAUCAGCAGGGUCGUCCAUCAGGCGACUGCUUUAUCCAGAUGACAUCAGCAGAGCGAGCACUUUCGGCCUCCCAGCAACUCCACAAGCAUGUGAUGUCCUGUCAGCACGGGCCCAACAGCCGCUACGUGGAGGUGUUCCCCUGCAGCGCCGAGGAGAUGGGCCUAGUGCUAAUGGGAGGCUCGCUCUCACACAUGCACACACACACACACAGCCGGAACAGGAGUGGGACAGGGCUCAGCCCGCCGCCAUGUAAGUCCAGACGUUUAUCUCCCCCGUCAUACGCCUUCACGCCCACCCCACCCGUUCUGCCUGCUGAGGCUGCCGCCGCCCUCUACCCUCCGCUCGGUCAGGUCUUGCUAGCUCCUCGCCCUUUGCACCCUGGGCAUGCAUAUUACCCGUCCUCUGCGCAGCUCUAUAUGAAUUACACAGCCUACUAUCCGAGCCCACCUGGCUCUCCCACUACUAUGGGUUUCUUCCCCUCACCCUCUACUCACUCCUCCCCCGGGGGCUUGAUGCGCAUGCCUGGUCUCACCUACAACAGCAAAGACAUCAUUAACGCGGUACAGGGCUAUCAGACUGCAAUGGAGCCGGUCUCCGUCCUGAGCAGCAGCCUGAUCGGCCAAGCGGGUGCAGGCGAGCCGCCCAUGGUGUCCCUCCCUGGCAUGAUGACCAAGCCGUCCGGACACUAUCUGGACCUGAGCCUCCUCUGA